AAGGAAAGGGAGGUAACCGUUGGGUUCUGACCCAAUAAGAGGGGCGAUCGGUAGUCACGUGAUAUUGAUUUGAAUAUGGUCCCGCCCCUUCGCCGUGGUGUGUGGCGGAGAUUAGAAAGUAAACAGGAGGAAGGGGUUUGGCUGCUGAGGACAAUUGGUGUGUUGCAGGGAGCUGAGCGCGGUCUUCGAAGGGAUCGGAACUUGUACUGAGUGCUAUCAUUUUUUUGGGCUAACUGGAAACUCACUGAAGACUAGAAUGAAUCUGCCAACUGAUGACGUUAACUUCAUAACAGAAGAAACAUUCGACUUUGGAAUUAGUUUUCCAGCAGAAAGCCAAGAAUCAUUGCUUGAAAGUGAUACUGAAGAAGCUGUUAUUGGUCCAGUCAGGCGGUCUGAAAGGUGUCUUGCUCUGGGAAUUGAUGUGAACAGUAAUAAUGGAAACCAGCAGAAAACAAAUGAAGGAGUACAAAAGUGGAGUCCUCUAAGUGCAGAGAAGCUGGUAGAAAUAGUGAAAGAAGCAAACCGGCUGGCAAAUCAAUUUGAAAGAUGUGCUUUGAAGGAAAAGGAAACUGCUAAGAGACAGGGGAAAGAGGUCAGAAGCUGUGGUGACCGUUCAAAAUUAGAAAAAGAAUCCAAAGCCAAAAUCAGACUUUUACAAGAUGAUAGAACAUGGAAAAAAAGCCCUCGCAGUCCAAGGAGAGAUACUUACUUUGUGUUAGAUAGUCCAAACAAAGCUCUUCUUCCUUCUGUGGAUCUUCAGGUUACAAAUGAAAACUGUCCGAUCAGUAAGAGCACAGAAACACAUCCUGAUGAUGGACUGCAAACCACUGUCUGCAGACUUGAAUUUACCAGUGAGUCUGAACAAAUAACCUCUGAUAAACCAAUGAGAACAAAGGAAGGUAACCUAUCUACAAACAGCAAGCAAGCUGCUGUUAAGAAGCAAUCAGUACUUAUCAGGCCAUCAAGUCUGAAGCUUCCUUCAGCUUUUAAUAGAAAAGGAAAUGCACAUUCAUUAUCUUCAUCAAAGCCCUAUGAGUAUCCUUCUAAAAAGGAUUUGCCCUUGCCUUCAACAGGGAAUUUGAAUCAAUCCAGAGGUGUGUCGCUGAACAACCCAGUAAAUCUCUCCAGAGAUUCUGGGAGAAGUAAUGUCUUGCACAGCAAACCAAAUAAAGGAAAACCAUCAAUGCUGUCAGAGAGGAAGAUGUUGUCAGCUCCUUUUAAACCCACCACUGCCACAAAUAUUAAACUGCUUCCAAGUACCAACCGAUCUGCUAGCACAGAGAACAGUAGUCGAGCACAAAUGUCAAGCAGGCCAAUUCCUCCUGGAAAUCGUUUGCGGCCUGGAUCGACCUUAUCUGCUCGUGCUGGGAUCAAAAUCGAAAGAGGCAGUUCAGAGGUGCUUAAGGAGAAGGGAUCAGCAAAGCAAUUCCAAACUACAGUUACUUCUAAGCACCUGAAUUCGAGUGCAGCAGAUACAACAAUCCAAAAUACAUCUCUGCCCAAGAAAGUGACUUCAAGUAAUGUAAAAAGAUGAUCACUUUUGAGGUUCAUUGACUACCAGAGCAGUAGAGAAUGAUUUGUCUUGAAGGUACAAACAGACCUCUAACUUGGAUGAUGUUUUCUCCCUGCUAAGAAAAAAUAUACAAGGAAAAUAGAAAAUACAUACUCGUUGUCAGCUUACAGGGUGAUAAGUUUAAAAUGUGAAAAAUCAAGAAAUUCUGCAAAUAAUUUUCAAAACGCUCCAGCAUUCAUAGAAAACAAUACAUAAAUGAAUGAGGCCACCAUGCCCAUUCAGUCUGGUUGCCUAAUUUGUAGAGAAAUUCAAUUAGUUCUGCUCUCUGUUCUUUCUAUGUAUGCAACAAAUUUAACUCCAAUUGCAUCAGUCUAAAGAGCUUGAUUUUCCCCAAAUUGAAAUGUUAUUGGAUUAGAAUUUCAUAUGGGGAAAAAUGAACAGAUACUCUCAGAAAGAGUUAAUGACCAUUUUCAACUAAAUUCUGCUCUUAAUCAUGUUUCUUUUUAUGUUAGAAUUCUCUUUGCUGAUUUUUUUUAAGCUAGUGUUGAAUCUAUAUUAAGCAACUAAUCUAAAUCCUACCAACUCAUGGAAAGAGUAUUUCCUCAUGUUCUUUAGACAGUCAGUCAUUUGAAAGAGUUCAGUUGCCAGAGGUGAAAGGUUAUAUGUACUUUAGCUAAACUUGUGAUUUCUAACAUCUCUUUAUUUGCUGCAGUGAGAAUAACCACAGAUUCUCCAGUCUAUUAGUGUAUUCCUUUAUUUGUGGUGCUAUUCUAGUAAAUCUCUGUACCCUCACCAAAGGCUUAACAUCUUUCCUUGAGUCUGAUGCUCAGAAUCAGCCUAAAACUGAGAUACCAAGAGGGUUAUGUACUUUAACUGAAGCUGGAAGAACUGACAUGUUUGAUAUUGUAAUUUCCUGAUGAGAGGAAAUGUAUUGCCUCUGUGAAAACAUAUAAGUAUGGAUUUCAACCUCUUAAAUUUCUCUAUUCUAAACAAAUCAUACUAAAAACACUAAGUAGGUGACAGAAUUUUACUACCUAAUUUAAUUAGUCAAGUUAUUUCAUGAACAUGCUUUUUUUUUUACAAGGAAACUUUAUAUACAUCUAUUGUAGUGGUCCUUGUAAAACUUGGAUACAGUUCUGUUAAAGUAUUUACUUCUAUUUUAUUUUUAAACACUAUGUUGCAUUUCAUUGUAUGUACAUCUUUCAUCAAUAAAAGCAUUUUGCAGCAAAUAGUUGUUAUUCUUAUUUUGUAAAUAUUUACGGAAAAUCAAAUUAACAUGCAAUUUCAAAAG